UCAUAGUAGUCAUAGUCAUACUAGUCAUAGUGAAUAGUGAUAGUCAGGAUUUUAAAUUAAAAUAAAUUGGGUCACUUCAUACUCCUACUCAGUUUUUGUGCUUUCCCCUUCAUUGGUCAUUGGACACUGUGAGCACUGUCACUGAACACCACUAGAUUUGACUAGAUCUAUCAUAAUCUAUGCUACAGAAUAGAAUGUAAACAAAAGGACAAGCUUUUACAUUUUUACUUGCUGAAAAUGUUACGUUUGAUAGUUGUAUUGUCUUGGCUCUGUGUGUUAUUAGCUGUGGGUAAAAAGCGGAAUGUUCUCCUUUUUGUUGGUGAUGAUGCAGGAUUUGAAACACAAGUUUACAAUAACUCAGUUUGCAAAACACCAGGGUUGAUGGCUCUAGCACAGAGAGGUAUAAUAUACCAGAAUGCUUUCACAUCAGUUAGCAGUUGCUCACCUAGCAGGUCCAGCAUUCUAACAGGACUCCCUCAGCACCAGAAUGGAAUGUUUGGCUUACACAAUGGUGUACACAAUUUCAAUUCAUUUGAUGGUAUUCAAAGUUUGCCUGUACUCCUUCAAAAAGCAGGGAUAAGAACAGGAAUUAUUGGUAAAAAACAUGUAGGGCCUGAAAGUGUCUACACAUUUGAUUUUGCUGUCACUGAGGAGCAAGUUUCAGUGAAUAAAGCUGGAAGAAAUAUCACAUUUAUGAAAGAAAUGGUGGCACAGUUUUUCAGGAAUGUCUCACAAGAUCUGCCUUUCUUUCUGUACAUAGCUUUCCAUGACCCUCACCGAUGUGGCAGCACCAAUCCUGAGUUUGGUCAGUUCUGUGAGAAAUAUGGAAAUGGUCAGGCUGGUAUGGGAAUCAUUCCCGAUUGGAAGCCUACUCUCUACAGCCCUGAUGAAGUCAUAGUUCCCUACUUUGUCCCUGACACGCCAGCAGCAAGACAGGACAUUGCAGCUCAGUAUACAUCAGUGGAUAGGAUGGAUCAAGGUAUCCAAUUGAUAAUGAAAGAGCUAGAAAAUCAGGGUCAUCUAAAUGACACUCUGGUCAUGUUUACCUCUGAUAAUGGAAUUCCUUUUCCUAAUGGACGCACCAAUGUAUACAACUCUGGCAUUGCUGUUCCUUUCAUUUUAUCAUCACCAGAAGAUACUUCUAGUUGGGGAAAAACCAAUGACAGUUUAAUGACUCUGUUGGACGUUGUUCCUACCAUACUAGACUGGUUUAACCUCUCAUAUCCUAACUACACACUUGAAGGGAAUGCAGUCACAUUGACUGGAACAUCACUAUUGCCAACUAAUUCAACUUCUGAUAAUUUCACAACAGAUGUAGACACUGGCAAUAUUUUGCAGAAAAAAUUAACUUCAAGAUUAGAGAGAGACUUUGUCUUUGCCAGUCACAGUCUACAUGAAAUCACCAUGUAUUAUCCAAUGAGAUCACUUCGUUCGUCCCAAUUUCAUCUCAUUCACAACAUAAAUUUCAAAAUGCCAUUCCCUAUCGACCAGGAUUUUUUUGUUUCACCAACAUUUCAAGACAUUUUGAACAGGACGAGGUAUAACUUGCCCCUACACUGGUUCAAGACACUCAAAGAGUAUUACUACAGAGAGCAAUGGGAGUUAUAUGAUUUAGCCCAAGACCCAAAAGAGACAGUAAAUGUAGCAAAGAUGGAGCAGUACUCUAUUGUUCUUACGACUCUGCAAAUGUAUCUAAAUCAGUGGCUGAAUGUCACCUCUGACCCUUGGAUCUGUGCACCCGAUGGUGUGUUGGAGUUCCAAGGAGUGUAUAAGAACUCUCCUCAAUGUCUCUCCCUAGAAAAUCUGUUGGGUGAUGGCGAGCUAGCUGUAAUGCGCAGUAAAGGCAUCAGCCUGAUGAGGGAUACAGCAGAAGAGCAAGUUGUUUUUUAUCCUUCAGAGUAUGUGUACAUGAGAUACACUGUCGCAGAAACACCGCACGUAGUCUACGUUCUCUGUGUCUGCAGUGCCUUGACAACUUUACUCCUAGUUCUUAUUUACAAGAGGAAACAGAAAUAUUAUUAUUUGAACAUUUUCUAAUUAACUAGCAAUUGAUUAAUUUUGAUCAAUUUUUUUCAAUAAUGUUUAAAAACCAACAAUCAAAUGGUUGAUUUGGAGGACCACCACUUACCAGUCUUUCAGUUAGUUUUUAGUCAAAUGUUCUUUUUUUUUUUAAAUUGUUUUACAGACUUUUUCUUUAGAUGUUAUAAUCUCUGAUGGAUCAUUUUAAUUACCUAUUUUUCUCAUUUUGUUAUGUUAUAUUUUUGCUAUAAAUAGGUAAAUAAUCAGUCAUUUGUUCCCAUUGGUUGACCUAGAUUUCUUCAAGAUGACGUUUAUCCUCACUUGAAACACACGUAAAAUCCUUCACUUACAGUAGGGCUGCUGUCAAACAUUUUGAUUACUUUGUUAGCAAGUCAGUCGACUACCUGCUCUUUCUUUCAUUAUUUGUGAUAUUUUAGGAUGUUUUUAAAAAAUACUUUUAUCAGCACAUACUGUUUUAGCAUUACAUUUUUUUUCUUUAUAGAGUGCCUUAGACCUUGCAUAUAAGUACAUUAUUUCAACGUUUGCCCUGAAAUUAUUUUAAGGCUUGACUCUUAAAAGUAUCUAUGAAAUAACAAAACACAUUAGUGUGUAUAGUUCUGUUAGUAUGUAUAGUUCUGUUAGUAUGUAUAGUUCUAUUAAGGAAUCCUUAAAAGGGAUUUUUUAAAUUCAGAUUUUUCUCAAAACUACUGCUACUACUGCCACUAAUGAUGUUGAAUUUAAAAGUUUUUUAAUAACUGACAUUAUUAUUAUUAUUAUUAUAGCUUUUAUAUAGCGCUACUUUCAUGCUUAUAGCAUGCUCAGAGCGCUUUGGUCCAAUCUCAUUUGUGGACCAGUGGGGGGGAGGGGGUAUCUAGGAGUUGGAUUUCCGUGCUGCCUUUAGGCGCUCAGUAAACGCAACUCUGCCCGAGUCGGGUGUCGAACCUCGAGCCCCCUUCUAGGUAGCCGAGACAAGCCAAGUUCAAGCGCACUUAGCCUCUCGACCACGCUUCCCACAACAAUAUUAAAGAAUUUGCUUAAAUUGACUCAUUGAUAUAAUGUAUUAUAUUUCAUAUCCAAAGUCAUAGUUUUGUGCAUUUUUUAAUUCUAUUUUAAGUAUUUCCAUUUGUUCAAAAUGGUUCUAAAGAUUUUAUCCUUUUUACAAGUGCUGAAAACCUUACUAACAGCUUGCAAUCUUUAGAAUCAUGGGAAGCAUAGUCUUGUUGGUAAAGUGUUAUUGCUGGUUUGCUGUUGACUGCACAUAUCUCCAUAUGUUCAUUGUUUCUCAAUCUUUAGCUUGCAAACCUACCCUCCCCGAUGAGAAAUGGCAUGUCCAUGCCCUUCCAUAGUCUGCUCAGGGUUCUAGAGAAGGGAUAAAAUUCCAAAGCCUUUGACAGUAUUCUAAACUGGGGCUGCAUAGCCAUGGGAAAUACUGCACUCCUCAUUAAUCUUCGAACUCAAAGACAAGCCUUAAUAAACUGCAGAAAUGCAUUUUCAGGCAUUUACGCUACUGUGCACUACCAUCUAGUAAAAAGAGUGUAAUUCAAAUAAUACAGUUAAUGGAAUUGCUCAAUACAAAAAAUGUAAAAGAUUUGAGGCACUUGUAGUGCAUGUACAUUUGAAAUUGGCUUUAUUGUUGUAUGAUCAUUUUUGUGUUUUGUAAAAUGGUUUGUAGCAGGCCCACUGUUCUUAUCUCACAAAAAAACAAGUACAAUAUGAUAGUACAGCUCUAAGAGAGAAAUUCUUCAGACAUGAGGACUGUGGCUAGAAUCAGAUGGUUGGAAAUGUUUUAAAUUUCUUCUACAUACCAAAGUUUGUUAUUAAAUACUAUAAAAGGUUCUACUUAUAAAGUAAAAAAAUGUCCCUUAAUUUAAUAAUCAAUAUUCUAAACAUUAGUAGUAAUAUCUUUUUCACUUGAGCAAUAAUAAAAUCUGGAUCGAUAUUGCAAUGCAAUAGGAAUCACCUUAGGUGCAUGGGGAGUAUGGUCCAUAGGAUGAGAAUAUUCUCAUUAGUGGGACAAUUUAUUUUUCAAUGCCACUAGCGAACUAAAAUGAAAAUCCUGGAUUGCAUAAAUGAUUAUUCUGGCCUAUUAGAUACAUACUGCCAUUAUAAAAAGAGAAGAACUAUUACCAUUACAACAUGUUGUUUAGAAAACUUUUGUCAAAUGAAUGCCAUCAUAGUUCUUAACAUAAAUCAUUGGAGCCUUUGAAUAGUACUUUGUAGAAGCAUUUCUUUAGAAAAAUAAAGAUUGAUAGAUAUAAAAGUCUAUCAUAUUUUGUUGAACGACUUGACAUUAUGAAUGUUUUCAUUUUGUAAAUGUUUUUUUUUUUUUCAAUUUGGAAGUCUUUUUGUUGUUUUUUUUCAUUUAUAAAAUAAAUAUUGUAUUGUUUUUUUUUUGUAGAAUUAUUAUUCAUCAAAUAUUAUUUUAUAUACCAAUUUUGCAAUCUGCAGGUACAUGUUUUAAUGUAACUUUGGAUAAUUUUUUUACACAUUGUAUAUAUUAUAUAUACUGUUUUAAUUUUGUUUUUUUACAAUAUUAAAUGAAUAUACA